GCUUUUCUGUUUCUCAAUUUCAGCUCUCAAGGGAGAAAGGGGAGUUCCCUUAGAAGCCCGGGGAAGUUGCCAGGGUGGACCCCAGCUGUCCUGCCUGCUCUGCACUUUCCUGUGAACACAGGUGAUGACACAGCCUGGUUGGGCUGAGAUCAGACUUCCAGCAAUUGCACAUGGAGGCCUUGAGAAAGGACGACCAGGUUGUGGAGAGCAGGUGGCAAUCUUCCUGCCUCGACUUCCCUACAGCUGCCCAGCACUGAUGUCCUAUUGAGACCAGGGAAACUGAGGUUCAGCUAGGACAAGAUCACACACAGCUGUGAGGAGCUCCACUGAGCAGAUCUGCUGACAGCCUCUCAGGGCCAGGCCUUCUGCGACUACCAGAGCAUGGAAGGUUGGACCCUGCCUUGCUCCUCCAGUUCCCGAGUUCCUGGGAAAGUGUGAAUGAGAUUUCCAGGAAAGCCAGGAGGAUCCUCUGUUUCCAGCCUGUGUCUUCCGGUGUCUCUGGCCUCUUCAAGGAACAGCGCUAAAGCUACUUCCUGGUGCUCCCUGGACCCCUCCCUCCAUCCGGAGCGUAUCAUUACCUUAAACCUGGCUGAUCCUUCCCAUCUGCUAGGUUUGGGGGUGGGGUGCUCCAGGGGAGCCCCAGAGAGCAGGAGAAAGUUGGGGAUCAUCCAAAUACUGAAGAGGACGCUAGUGGAGGGGCAGUUAAUUGGACUAGCCAACCAGCACGAGCCAGAGGCAGAAUUGCUAAGAGUUCGAGUCCAGUCUGAGCUAUACAGCGACUUCAAGGCCAGUCCGGGCUACAGAGUGAGAGCCUGUCUUAAAACCCAGAAAAACCCUCAGGAGAAGCGCAGAGGCCCCGGCGCGCACUGCAGAGCCCCCUCCCCUGGCAGGACGGACAGGGGCGUGGCCUAACAAAGUGACGUCACCCGCAUAUAAAACCCAGGGCGCCGCCGGUCUGGCUUUGUGGAGCGCUGCAGCGGGCUAAGCUGUGCUGCUGAACAAAGGAGGUCGGGCGCAGCCACCCAAGCUCCCGGGGCCACUGGGCCGCCCUCCGCCACCAUGACCGCCAACGGCACAGCCGAGGCGGUGCAGAUCCAGUUCGGGCUCAUCAGCUGCGGCAACAAGUACCUGACAGCCGAGGCGUUCGGCUUCAAGGUGAACGCGUCCGCUAGUAGCUUGAAGAAGAAGCAGAUCUGGACGCUGGAGCAGCCUCCCGAUGAGGCGGGCAGUGCGGCUGUGUGUCUGCGCAGCCACCUGGGCCGCUACCUGGCCGCCGACAAGGACGGCAACGUGACCUGCGAGCGCGAGGUGCCCAGCGCCGACUGCCGCUUCAUCGUCGUGGCGCACGACGACGGCCGCUGGUCGCUGCAGUCCGAGGCGCACCGGCGCUACUUCGGCGGCACCGAGGACCGCCUGUCGUGCUUCGCGCAGAGCGUGUCGCCGGCAGAGAAAUGGAGCGUGCACAUCGCCAUGCACCCACAGGUCAACAUCUACAGCGUCACCCGCAAGCGCUACGCGCAUCUGAGCGCGCGUCCGGCCGACGAGAUCGCGGUGGAUCGCGACGUGCCUUGGGGCGUCGACUCGCUUAUCACCUUGGCCUUCCAGGACCAGCGCUACAGCGUGCAGACGUCGGACCACCGCUUCCUGCGCCACGACGGGCGCCUAGUGGCGCGGCCCGAGCCAGCCACGGGCUACACUCUCGAGUUCCGCUCCGGCAAGGUGGCCUUUCGCGAUUGCGAAGGUCGCUACCUGGCCCCGUCCGGGCCCAGUGGCACCCUCAAGGCUGGCAAGGCCACCAAGGUGGGUAAAGAUGAGCUCUUCGCCCUGGAACAGAGCUGCGCUCAGGUGGUGCUGCAGGCGGCCAACGAGAGGAACGUGUCCACGCGCCAGGGAAUGGACCUGUCGGCCAAUCAAGAUGAAGAGACUGAUCAGGAGACCUUCCAGCUGGAGAUUGACCGUGACACGAGAAAGUGUGCCUUCCGCACCCACACGGGCAAGUACUGGACGUUGACAUCAACUGGAGGGGUACAAUCCACUGCAUCCACCAAGAACGCUAGCUGCUACUUUGACAUUGAGUGGUGUGACCGUCGCAUCACUCUAAGAGCAUCCAAUGGCAAGUUUGUGACUGCCAAGAAAAAUGGUCAGCUGGCCGCCUCAGUGGAGACAGCAGGGGACUCUGAACUCUUCCUCAUGAAGCUGAUUAACCGCCCCAUUAUCGUGUUCCGUGGGGAGCACGGGUUCAUCGGCUGCCGCAAGGUCACGGGCACCCUGGAUGCCAACCGCUCCAGCUACGAUGUCUUCCAGCUGGAAUUCAAUGAUGGCGCCUACAACAUCAAAGACUCCACGGGCAAGUACUGGACAGUGGGCAGUGAUUCCUCGGUCACCAGCAGCAGCGAUACCCCUGUGGAUUUCUUCCUUGAAUUCUGUGAUUACAAUAAGGUGGCCAUCAAGGUGGGUGGCCGCUACCUGAAGGGGGACCACGCUGGGGUCCUGAAGGCCUGUGCGGAGACCAUCGACCCCGCCUCACUCUGGGAGUACUAGGGCCACCUGCCCUCUGCGGGCCACUCAUCCAGUCCCUCCUGCUAUCCUAACUCGCCACGUGGCCCUGCAGCAGGUGGCAAGCCCCUUGCCUUUCAAACUGGAAACCCAAGAGAAAACGGUGCCCUUGCCUGUUUGCCCUCUGUGGACCCCUUACCCCUAACUCUCUGCUCCCCAUGGGUCAGCGGCUGCAGACUGUCCCUGGGAGGGACUUUGGGUCCCUUCUUUGCCAUGGGGCAUGCUGGCACCUAUCUUCUGACCUCAGACAACUCUGAGCCUUAUUUCCCCAGGAAGUGGCCUAGGAGAAGGGGGGCGGGUGUGAGGGAAUUACCCCGCCCCUGAGCUUGUAACUGGAAUCCCUCCCCCUGGAGAUCACACCUCUUUGACUAUCUGGCCCCAGCACCUGGAGGCAAGCCUUUUGGUGGGACUGAAGCCAGGUGCAGCCUGGUUUGCCCACAAGUUUUUGGUUUUUGUUUUUUUCCUGUAUCAUGGCUGGAGAGUGGUCUUUGGGUGGCACUGCCAGGUCGCCCCUGCACAUUCUGGGGUUGGGGGAUGGGCCUUGCCCCCAUCUCUUUCCUUUUUACCCUGGCCUGACUGGAAGCAGAAAAAUGACCAAAUCAGUAUUUUUUUUGUUUUUAGAGGAAAUGUUACUGUUGAAAGGGCCCCUGGGCAAAACUUGCCUGGCUGGUUGUAGCUGUGAGUGGUCUUGGGGGAAGACACUGACACCUGGCCUCCCCAGUGGGCUCCCUUCCUUCCUCCCUACCUCCCUCCCUGCCUGCCCACCUCCAGCCCUGGCCCUGUGAUUGGUGCUCCAUGUCUUCCUGACACCUCGGGGCUCCUGGGGUGGGAGAAAGCCAGGUGUGUCCCUCCUGGGAACCCUGGAGUAAACCUCAGGGGGGCCCUUCCCAGACACCCCAUUCUACCAAUUCCCCAACACCGUGCAUCUCAUUCACUCGGGGUGUCUCGGUCUUUUAUUUUUUUGUAACUGUCAUUUGUAUAACUCUGAAGACCCAUGAUAGUAGCUUUGAACUGGAAAAUAAAAUAACACCAUGUCUGCAGCCUG